AUGAAUAACUUUAUAAGACAAUUGAGUACAACUUCAAGAUUAUUAAAAGGUAGAACGAAAUUAAAACAUGCAGUUUCCUUAGAAGAGUUUUUAUUUCGAAAUAGAGUGAAAUGUAUUUAUCGAGAUUUAUUAAGACAAGUUUAUAAAAAUCAUGAAAAGGAAGCAUUACUUGGAUUUAUUCGAGAUGAAUUUAGAGCAAAUUCUCAACAAACUGAUUUAAAUUAUAGGAAAUAUUUAUUAUCAUUAGGGAUUAAUAAAAUAAACCAUAUGAGUGCAAGUAUGGGUAUGCAUGUUCAAUACAAAUAA